AUGGCAUACAGAGCUUUUGUUCACGUUGUUUUCACAAGUGCGCAGGUUUUUGGUAAAGCUUUUACAGAGGCAUAUAGACAGGCUGCUGCACAGUCGGUAAAAAAAGGUGCUAGGGCCGCUACGGGGGCAUACAAUGCUAAUGCUGAGUAUGGUGGGAUUACAUUAGAUGAGAGUUGCAAAAUUUUAGAUAUUGAGAAUAAGAAUGAUAUCAACAUCGAUAAAGUCAAUGAAAAAUUCAAAUACUUGUUUGAAGUGAACGAUGCUGAAAAAGGAGGUAGCUUUUACUUGCAAAGUAAGAUAUAUAGAGCUGCUGAAAGACUGAAAUGGGAGAUAGCUCAAAAAGAGAAAAAAACAGAAGAUCAAGGAAGCAAGGAAGGGCAAACGAACGCUCAAGCUAAUACGAACUCUGCACAAACGAAAGAUUAA